AUGGGUAGGAUCAUCUUUUACGAGGACAGGAACUUUCAGGGCCGCUCAUAUGAGUGCAUGAGCGACUGUCCUGAUAUGUCCUCCUACCUGAGCCGCUGCCAUUCCUGCAGAGUGGAGAACGGCUGCUUUAUGGUUUAUGACCAUCCAAACUAUAUGGGAAACCAGUACUUCAUGAGGAGGGGAGAGUAUGCUGACUACAUGAAUAUGUUUGGAUGGAGCAGCCCCAUCAAGUCCUGCCGUAUGAUCCCCAUGCACAGAGGACCCUUCAGGAUGAGGAUCUACGAAAGGGAGAACUUCGGAGGUCAGAUGUAUGAACUGAUGGACGACUGUGACUCCAUCAUGGACCGUUAUCGUAUGUCUGAGUGCAUGUCCUGCCAUGUGAUGGAUGGUCACUGGCUCAUGUAUGAGCAGCCCCACUACAGAGGCAGGAUGUGGUACUUCAGGCCUGGAGAGUACAGGAACUUCAGAGAUAUGGGAUACAGCAACAUGAGGUUCAUGAGUAUGAAGCGUAUCACUGACUCAUGCUUUUAA